AUGUGUUUUGUAAAAGCGAAUUUCAAUUGGACGUUAGAUGAGAACCGAAGCCCCAACAAGCUCCUUCUCAUUUUAACUCCAUUAUUGAUUCGACAAGAUGAAUUAGGUGGGUGUUUCAGCCAUCAAAUUUACCAAAAUGUUGAACUUCUUUCUGUUCACCACUCGAAUCUACGUCAACCCAUCUCAGUGAAUGUGUAGGUCGAUUUUUGCCAGCAUAUAAAUUUUUUUAUUGGGAUUGAAAUCUUUUGCAAUGGUAAAACCCAAAGCAAUCGACUGUCCAAGUAUAUGUUAUCGACCAAUUGAACCCUCGGACCUUGAGGUUUUGGAGCAAAUUCACGGUAACUUGUUUCCAAUCCGGUAUGAGGCGGAGUUUUUCCAAAAUGUUGUUAAUGGGCGUGACAUUGUGUCGUGGGCAGCGGUCGAUCAUAAUAGACCGGAUGGUAGAAGUGACGAGCUUAUUGGAUUUGUGACUGCACGAACUGUUUUGGAGAAAGACAGUGAGAUAUCUGAUUUACUUCGGCAUGACUCACUAACCACGGAUCACACUCUAGUAUACAUUCUUACACUGGGAGUAGUGGAAAGCUACAGAAACCUUGGGAUAGCUAGUUCACUUGUUCAAAAGGUAAUUAAAUAUGCCUCAAGCAUCCCAACUUGCCGAGCAGUUUAUUUGCAUGUCAUUUCAUACAAUACUACUGCUAUCAAUUUCUACAAGAAAAUGUCAUUCAAGUGCCUACAAAGACUGCCGGGCUUUUACUUUAUCAAUGGGCAGCAUUAUGAUUCUUACCUGUUUGUCUACUAUGUAAAUGGUGGUCGAUCUCCAUGCUCUCUAUUAGAGGUUGUGACUUUCAUGGUAAGUUAUUUAAGGGACGGUAUAAAGUCUGUAACUUCAAGGCUGAGGAAGAAUGAAAAGAGGAAGGUGUCAAAAUGGUCGAAAUGUAAAGAAUCUCAUAGCCUUAUAUCCAUGGCGCAGAGCAAGAGAAAUCUAGGGGUUGAAAGCAAUGGCUAUGAAUGUGUUUAAUUUGAUUCUGAUGUUGAGCACUGAGAAGGAAACAACGCAGAGAAAGAUUGAUCCUACACUGUAUAAUUUAUUCCUAAACUCUUCCUUCUACUCUUUAUAAUUUAUUGUAGUUUAAACCGUAUAUAUAAAUAGAUGAUGAUGAUAUUCUAUGUUCAAUGUAAUAAGGCUUUGGUGGUGUUUAAUGUGAA